AUGACUACGCCAAUUCCGAGUCCUCCGGGACUGCCACUCGUUGGCAAUAUCUUCGACCUUGACCCUCAGAAUCGGUUGCAAAGUCUCACUCAUCUAGCUGACAUCUACGGCCCUAUCUAUGAAUUACGACUCCCAACCGGAAAUCUGAUCGUGGUGUCUAAUCAUGAGCUUUUUGACGAGAUCUGCGACGAGAAACGCUUCACAAAAGUCCUUAGUGGGCCUUUAAUCGAGUUGAGGUCGGCAAUACACGAUGGACUAUUCACUGCUCACCCAGGCGAGCCCGCUUGGGGCGUCGCACACCGAACGCUAGUUCCAUCAUUUGGGCCUCUCGCGAUUCGAGACAUGUUCGAUGAAAUGCAUGAAAUCCUAACGCAGUUGGUCCUCAAGUGGGUCCGAUACGGUCCAGACUAUCGAAUUGACACGGCCGACGACUUCACUCGGCUGACUUUGGACUCCAUCGCAAUCUGUGCAAUGGAUACCAGGUUCAACAGCUUCUAUACAGAGGGGGUGCAUCCUUUCGUAAAAGCAAUGCAAGAAGUCCUACUUGAGGCCGGCAGGCGGUCAUUACGACCCUCGUUUGUCAAACGGCUUAUGAAGAGUGCGGAAAAAAAGUAUGCAGACGAUAUAGAAGUCCUACAAUCAACUGCCCAGAAGAUUAUUGCCGACAAGAGAGCGAAUCCGACAGACAAGAAAAGCUUGGUGAAUACCAUGUUGAAUGGCAAAGAUCCAAAAACGGGUCAGAAGAUGACCAAUGAGAGCAUUGCCGAUAACAUGAUCACAUUUUUAAUUGCCGGGCAUGAAACGACUUCAGGCCUUAUGUCAUUCUUGUUCUUCCAAUUGAUGGCCAAUCCCCAGACCCUUCAGCAAGCACAGAUAGAGGUCGACAAAGUCAUUGGUACUGGUCCUGUCAAGGUUGAGCAUCUCUCGAAGCUACCGUAUAUCACUGCCUGCUUGAGGGAAACACUUCGAUUAACGCCCACAAUUACGGGAACAGUCAUGGGACCUCUGCCCGAGACCAAGGAGGACCCCAUAAUUAUUGGGGGCGGCAAGUAUCUAGUGAAACCGGGUAGCAAAUUUACCAUGAUACUGGAAAAGGUCCACAAGGAUCCGAAGGUCUACGGAGAUGACGCGGACAAGUUCCGUCCCGAGCGUAUGUUGGAUGAGCAUUUCAACAAGUUGCCGAAGAACGCUUGGAAGCCCUUUGGAAAUGGUUCAAGAGCGUGCAUUGGUCGAGGUUUUGCAUGGCAAGAGGCUAUGUUAGCCGCUGCUAUGUUACUCCAAUACUUUGACUUCCGUAUGGAUGAUCCUAACUACAAACUCGCAAUCAACCAGACACUCACAAUCAAGCCAAAGGACCUAUUCAUGCACGCGACGUUACGGAAAGGCGUUGACCCUUUGCACUUGGAAACGAUGAUGACCAGCGAGAGCCAGAAAGCUACUCAGGUAUCUGAUGCGUCGAAGGAAGCUGAAAGCAAAGGAUCUGAGAAACCAAUGUCGAUCUACUUUGGCGGCAACAUGGGUACCUGCGAGAGCUUGGCCCACACGGUAGCGCAAUCUUCUGUAAAUCAUGGAUUCAAAGCAGUAGUCAAGCCGCUGGAUGAGUCUACAGACAAUAUACCAACGGAUCAGCCCGUCAUCAUCAUCACAGCUAGCUACGAAGGGGAGCCUCCUGAUAACGCCAACCUCUUUUUCACCUGGCUCAAAAAUCUUGAUGGCGAGCCAUUGAAGGGAGUCCAAUACUCUGUUUUCGGAUGCGGCAACCGUGACUGGAAAGACACAUUCCAGCGUAUACCGACCUCGAUAGACACUAUGUUGGAAAAGAGAGGCGCAAAGAGACUCUUGGAGCGUGGUUCUGCAGAUGUUGCUAACAACGACGUCUUUAACGACUUCGAGAAGUGGGAAGACAAGAACUUCUGGCCGACCAUCAAGAAGGCCUUUGGCAGCGAAGAUGGGACCGACGACACGGCUGGCCUAGAUAUCGAAGUCUCUACUACGCUAAGAUCCUCUCAUCUACGUCAAGACGUCAAGGAAGCUAUUGUCGUGAAGAAUGAGCUUCUUGGAUCUGGGACGGAAGCGCCAAAGCGACACAUCGAAUUGAAGCUUCCGACAGACAUGACAUACCGAGCUGGAGAUUACCUCGCAGUCCUUCCGAUCAACCACACGUCAGUAGUCCGACGAGUGAUCAAGCGCUUCCGCCUCCCUUGGGAUGCCUUUGUCACGGUCAAGUCCGGGGAAUCUUAUCUGCCUGUUGGCCAGCCAAUGUCCGUAUUUGACGUGCUCAGCGCAUAUGUGGAGCUCAGCCAAACGGCGACACGAAGAAACAUUGAGGCAAUACUCAAAUUUACCGCUGACAAAUCAACUAAGGCGGAACUUGAACGACUGAAGGGUGACGCAUUCAAUGCCGAGAUUACAGCGAAACGAGUCAGCCCAUUAGACCUACUAGAGCGAUUUCCGAAAGCCGACAUACCCUUCGGCGCAUUCCUCACAAUGCUCCCGCAGCUGCGGCUUCGUCAGUACUCAAUCUCAUCCUCUCCCCUCGCUGAAGUUGGAUCCUGCACUCUCACAUGGGGUGUCCUCGAUGUAGAGUCCUUCCAAGGCGACGGCAAACGAUUUCUCGGUGUCGCAUCCAACUACCUCUCGAACUUGCAUGAAGGCGACCACAUCCACGUCAACGUCAAGCAGAGCCAUCAAUCUUUCCAUCUUCCCCCCAACAUCACCGAGACCCCGUUGAUCAUGAUCUGUGCCGGUACCGGUAUUGCGCCCUUCCGAGGCUUCAUUCAAGAGCGCGCUUUGCAAAUUGAAGCUGGCCGGAAACUCGCACCAGCGCUACUGUUCGUCGGAUGCCAGAAACCGGGCCAAGAUGAUCUUCAUGCAGACGAGCUCUCAGCUUGGGCAUCGAAAGGGGCAGUGGAUGUCCGCUACGCCUACUCCCGCGAUCCGAAGAGCAGCCAAGGGGCGAAGUACGUGCAAGAUCGCUUCUGGGCUGAUAGAAAGGAUGUACUGCACUACUUCGGAUCGGGGGCCAAAGUGUUCAUGUGUGGCAGUGGCAAGGUUGCCGACGGGGUGAAGGCUGCGUCGGUGAAGAUGUACAUGCAGGCAAACGAAGAGGAGGGUACGCCGAAGACGGAGGAGGAGGCGGAGAAAUGGUUUCAUGCGAUGAGGAAUGAGAGGUUUAUGUCUGAUGUCUUUGACUGA